GGUCGGUAUUGCAGGCCACAAUCUGCUGUAGGAGUAGGAAGGAGGCGUGAGGAGCCGCUCCGCUGCCAUCGCUUCGUAGCCGAAAACAACCCCAGUGUGUGUUGGCGGUCAUUAAAAUCGCAGCCGUGCCCCGCCGCGCCCCCACCCCCAGCGGAGCCGUCAUGUGGCAGGAGGCCCGCAAACAUGAGCGCAAGCUUCGUGGCAUGAUGGUGGACUACAAACGCCGAGGCGAGCGCCGGCGAGAGUACUAUGAGAAGAUCAAAAAAGAUCCAGCUCAGUUCCUCCAAGUUCAUGGCCGGGCCUACAAGAUCCAUCUGGAUCCUGCUGUGGCGCUGGCAGCAGAGAGCCCCGUGAACAUGAUGCCAUGGCAAGGAGAUGCCAACAACAUGAUCGACAGGUUUGACGUAAGGGCUCACCUGGACUACAUCCCCACCUACACCCCUCCACUGCUCAGCACAACCACUCCAGAGCAGGAGAUGGAGGAGAGGAAGUGUAAUUAUGAGCGCUACAGAGGCCUUGUACAGAAUGACUUUGCCAACAUCUCCGAGGAGCAGUGUUUAUACCAGAUCUACCUGGAUGAGCUCUACGGUGGUCUUCCGAAACCAAAUGAGGACGAGAAGAAAAAACUGGCUGAGAAAAAGGCCACCAUUGGUUACACGUAUGAAGACAGCACUGUGACGGAGCCUGAACCCCAGUCCGACAAAGACGAAGAGAACUCAGAGAACAGUGAAUCCGAAGAGGACGAGGGCAUACCAGACAUUGAUGUGGAGGUCGAUGUUGACGAGCUGAAUCAGGAACAACUGUUGGAUCUCAACAGAAUGGCCACUCCAUAUGGAAUGGCUGAAGGUGACUUUGUCAGGAUGCUGAGGAAAGACAAGGAGGAAGUGGAGGCCAUCAAACAUGCCAAAGCCCUGGAGGCAGAGAAGGCCAUGUACUCGGGCCGCCGCUCUCGCAGGCAGAGGAGAGAAUUCAGAGAGAAGAGGCUAAAAGGUAGACAGAUCAGCCCACCAAGCUAUGCCAGGAGAGACAGUCCAACAUAUGAUCCCUACAAGCGGCCAGAAUCAGAGUCCAGCUCUGAGUCGCGGUCUCGCUCCCGUUCUCCUGGUCCAGAGAAGAUCACGUUCAUCACCAGCUUUGGAGGCAGCGAUGAUGAAGCUGCAGCAGCAACACAAACAGCCGCUCCUAACUCGGGCCACGCACCCUCCAACUUGCAGCACUCGGCAGGUCAUAGCAGGGGCUCCCGGAGACGAAGGUCAUCCUCCAGUCGCUCCCCUUCCUCCUCCUCCCGCUCUUCAUCUCGCUCAUCCUCUCGCUCAUCUUCCCAUUCGCGCCGAGCAAGACGGGUACGCGGGGGAAGGGACGGGCGGCGUUCCUGGACCCGCUCACGGUCAAGACGACGCUCCAGAUCGUAUUCCAGAAGUAGAGGAGGGAACGGAGGAGCCGCGUCCUGGAGGAGACGCGACUGGACCCGGUCGAGGUCCAACGACAGAGAGCGAGAGAGGGACCGAGACCGAGACAGGAGGCGGUACACAGCACGCAGACGAACGCGGUCCCGCUCCAACUCACGGCAGGGCGGCAGUUCGAGGCGAGGCGGUCGGACCAGCGGAGGACACCGACGGGGAGACAGCGGCAGCAGAAGUCCCUCUCAGUCUCCCAGUCGUCCACAUCACAGUCUCUCCCCUGCCCACAGAGGGGUCCAGCCUGCUACCACCACCAUCUCUGACAAGCUAAGAAAGCCUGACACUGCGGGUGGUAAAGAGACGGGAGCUGCCAAACCCAAGAUGACCCCACAGGAGCGGCUGAAGCUCAAAAUGCAGAAGGCGCUCAACAAGCAGUCCAAGGCGGAUAAGAAAGCUGCUCAGGUGAAGAUCCAGCAGCAGGAACACAAACGGCAGGAGCGAGAGGGAGAACUACGAGCCAUGGCACGCAAGAUACGCAUGAAGGAGCGUGAACGCCGUGAGAAAGAGAGGGAUGAAUGGGAGAGACAGUACGGCCGGCAGAGCCACUCGCCCUCUCCUUCCAAGUAUGGCCGAGAGCACAACUCAUCCAGAAGGAGGUCGAGGUCGAGGUCUCGGAGUCCGUAUUACAGACACUAAACUGAGUGGAUUCGUCCUACAGAACCUUCAGCUCAGUAGCUCAUCAUUGCCACACGUUGUACCUGACAAAAGCCUGUUAAAUGGAAAUACGAAGAGAUGCAGUGACUGGCUGGUGGCCAAUAAACCAACACACUCUCUGAUACUGCUCAUGUAUGCAGAGUUUAAAACGUCGACUGUGAUGCCGUAGAUUCACUAAUUACACAGCUGAUCGGUUCAGCCAAGACGAGUUUGAUCUGCCCUUUUCACUUCUGCUUCAUCUCAAAGACUGAUUAAAUGAGUUUCUGGUUUCUUCACGUCUGCAUGCCCCCCUAUUUUCUGUUUGUUCCUCUACAGCUCUGACUCUUGCAGAGACAUCUGUAAUCCUGAAAAUGACGUAUUACUAAGCAAUACCUGAAUUUUUACCUUGUAUCCUCAUCGUGUCACCGUCUCCUUUUCUUUACCCGAGGUGCAUUUAAGUUCUCGUGAACUGAUGUACAGGAUAUUUAUACGCAUCCACUUGAAACCUCUUUAUGGAAGCAGAUGAAGUCCAAGCAUUUAUUAAAAUGAGUGAUUGCUCUUUUUGUACUGUGUUCUCAGCCAACUGGUUAACAACAGCAAACAACUUUUUGUUCUCAGUAUUGUGGAAUGUUAAAUACAGAACAACAAAUAAAACUUACUAUGAAAUUA